AUGCUCAGGGUGAGGGCGUUGCUUGGAGCCGAGGGUGGCUUGACGAAGUCGCAGUAUCCAGUUUUCACCAUCUACGCCCAUAAGAGCUGCUUGGGGGUGAAGCCGUGCGAACGCGCCUGGUGCAUAGAUCGCGUGCAGAACUACCGCCUCGCAGGAUACGCCAAGAGCCACCAAGUGGUGAACUCACGUCAGGAGUGUCUGGAACUUUGCUUAGGAGAGACGGACUUCCAGUGUCGGUCUGCGAACUUCAACAACGCGACCGGAGACUGCGAGCUGUCCCAGAUGGACAGGAUCACCGUGGCAGGAAGCAGCGCCUUCCAACCAGCUGACGGCUACGACUACAUGGAGAACAAUUGCGUCGAGGAACCGACCAAGCUCUGCGAGUUCAAGAAACUGACCGGAAGAAUCCUGAAGACCGUCGACUCCGUUUACCAGGACAUCGGAUCCGUGGAGGAGUGCCGCGAGCUGUGCCUGAACUCUCCAUACAGAUGCCACUCGUACGACUACGGAGACACCGGCGAGAUGGUCUGCCGUCUGAGCCAUCACUCGAGAGCCACCCUUGCCGACAUUCAGGAUCCUUAUCUGGAGUUGCCCGAAGGCUCCACGUACGAAUUGAGCUCCUGUUAUAACGUGAGCAUCGAUUGUAGAUCGGGCGAUAUGGUGGCAAGGAUCCAAACGAGCAAGCUCUUCGACGGAAAGAUUUACGCGAAGGGCAGCCCGAGUACGUGCGUGCGCGACGUCAACAACAGCUUGGAAUUCGAACUGGCCAUGGCCUACGACAACCUGGAAUGCAACGUGAAGAAGAACGGUCUCGGCAGAUACGUGAACGACGUUAUCAUCCAGCACCACGACAAGAUCAUAACGAGCUCCGAUCUCGGCCUAGCCGUCACCUGCCAGUACGACCUGACCAAUAAAAGUGUCACCAACGAGGUUGACUUGGACGUGCACGGAGACGUGCAGCCAGGUUUAUCCGAAGAAGUCACCGUCGAUUCGCCUAAUGUAGCCAUGAAGAUCACCGACAGAACCGGAGGAGAAUUCUUGCCAACCGCCGAAGUCGGAGACCCGUUGGCCCUCCGUUUCGAGAUCUUGGACAGGAACAGCCCGUACGAAAUCUUUGUCAGAGAAUUGGUAGCUUUGGAUGGAGUAGGCUCCAACGAAAUCGUGCUCAUCGACUCCAACGGUUGCCCCACAGACCACCUCAUCAUGGGACCAAUUUACAAAUCAGCCGACACCGGAAAGAUUCUUCUAUCACACUUCGACGCCUUCAAAUUCCCGUCUUCCGAGGUGGUGCAGUUCAGGGCUCUGGUGACACCUUGCAUGCCGACUUGCGAACCAGUCCAAUGCGACCAAGAGGAGAGCACCGGCCAACUCAGAUCCGUCAUCUCGUUCGGAAAGCGCAGGAGGCGUCGCUCCACCGGUUCCAUCAACGACGACAUGUUCCUCGUCCAGACCAUCCAGAUCACCGACAAAUUCGGCUUCGACCGCGACAUGAACAAGUCCGCAUCCGCCAUCGGAAGCGAGGCGAUGUUCUUACCAAACGACCAAGGCUUCUGCGUGAACAUGGCCGGUCUGAUCGUAGCAGCCACCGUUUUCCUGGCCGCUCAAUUGGCCAUCAUCGCAGCCUGGACCUUCGUCUGGCAAAGGAGACGAUUGAGCAGCAAGUUAGGAGAUGGCAUGUCCGUCAGUCUGAGCCUCCCAACAGGUCUAAGUUCCAGUCGCACGGACAGCCUUUGCAAGCUGUACGACAACGGCUACGCACAUUCCCGUAGAUUCUAAACGAAGGCGCCAACCCACACACACACUCACAGUUCCACCUAUAAACUAAAAAAAAACACAGCACGCAUUCAUCAAUCAAUCAGUCUAUGAAUCAAACGUAUAAUCAUCAAGAGUAGCGUGUGAUAAUAAUAUUAUUCAAUGAAAUGCUUCGAUUCCGCAAAGCCAAACGCGCGUGACAAAUACCUGGCGUACCAUUUUAUCGGGACACGAUACACACAUUAUAGCCUUCUUUAUUUCGCGAAAUCCUUCCUUCAUUUACGUUUCGUCCAGCGCACAAAUACAUACAGAUAUAUUCACACACACAUAUUUAUAUGUGUGUAUGUACACAGGAAAACGGCAUCGAGUACGGUUUGCCAUUAGUCUGUCGUCUAUAUGUAGGGUACAGCCGUUUACCGGCGUGUAACUAACUGUACCCGACUACAACCACAGCACACAUACACACUAACCACACAACUCUGGGCCAAGGUCGGACAUGCAAUGCAAUCUUAGCAUCAUCAUCUUAAUUGCAAUAGUAAUGAUAAUAUUUUAUAACGUACGUAAUAAUUAUUACUUGUCUCGUAUGUAGUAGGAACGAAAUAGUUUAAUGAUGAUGGAAAUCUGUGUUUGUUUCGUUCGUCCACGAAGGAAGCGGCGCUUUAUUAUUAUUGUUAUUAUUAAUAAUAAUAACAUCAAUAUCAUUAUUAUCAUUAUCGGACUCCUUCGAAUAUAGUUAAUAAUACUCGACUUAGCGUAAAACAGUAAUAGCCUUAGCUUAUCCCAUAUAACGAGCCUCGAUCACCCACGCACACAUCGCGCAUUUGCAUCAGAGGUGCUGAACCUUUUCUAUUUUAAUUUGCAACUGCAAUCGAUACACACACGUUAUUAUUAUUAUUUUAAUUUUAUUUUUUUUGCUUUUGGUAACCGGUCUAGCAUAUUUUACGCAACAGUUUUUAUUUUACAAAACGCGUUACACCACCCGCAAUCGCAAGGCGCUACAUAUGUUAGGUUUUUAACUAAUCACGCAAGAAUUCGGCUUGAAGGAUUCCAGGACGAUCUCGAGCGAAUGGCAUUUAAUUAAUGAAUUAAUCUAUAUAAAUAUACAUAUAAUAUAUAUUAUUAUUAUUUGGUUCGUUUCGUAAUCGAACGGUGUGAAUGGAGCGAUCAAGAUAUGAUCGCGGAUGAAUGUUUAAUUUAAUAAUUGCUUGUCCUCGUUUCCCGAGAGCCGAGGCGGAUGGUCCUGCCCCUAAGGACACUCACGACACACCUCACACCCUCCUAGUAAAAAGGAUAACAAACAGAAUUUAUAAUAAAAGAUAUAAAUGAAAAAAAUAAACGGGGGGCCGUCCGCCGCGAAAUCAAGAGAAAUUAAAUUGUAUAAGUAAAUUGAUGAUGAAUUCCAACGUAAAUUAUACCAUAUACUAUUUAAU